ACUGUGAGUGCUUUGAGGCGCUGGCACAGGUUGCCCAGGGAAGCUGUGGCUGCCCCAUCCCUGAAGGUGUUCAAGGACAGGUUGGAUGGGGCUUGGAGCAGCCUGGUCAGUGGGAGGUGUCCCUGCCCAUGGCAGGGAAUUGGAACUGGAUGGGCUUUAUGGUCCCUUUGAACCCAAACCAUUCUAUGAUUCCAUAACCUUAAAGAUCCCUUCCAACUCAAACAUUCUAUGACACUAUGAAUUUGUUGCUAUUUACUUGUAUUUCACAGGCUUAGGAAAUGCCUUGGGCAGCCUGAUCUAGUGGGAGGUGUCCCUGACCUUGACAGAGGGGCUGGGAGUGGAUGAUCUUUAAGGUUCUUUCCAACCCAAACCCUUCCAUGAUUCUGUGAUGCAGGGAAGCCCUCUUGGAUGUGUAUGUUAAAUGGCAUACAAAAAAUCACACUUCUCUGAAAGCUGUAGGCUCUGUUUGUCACAGAAUCAUAGAAUCACCAGCUUGGAAAAGACCUCUUGGAUCAUUGAGUCCAACCAUUCUCCUAAUUUUGUUCUCAUUUCUGUUUGAUAGCAAUUCCUCUGCUUCAAAUUUUCACCAAGCGGAAAGCAUAUCAGUUGUGAUUGAUUUGUUGGUGAUGUUUACUGUUAUAUCUAGUCUAGUAACUAAGAGUUCGCUCUUCCUAAACAUGUAUUUGUGUGCUAGCUGUUCUAGGGGUCUGCUUGAGAAGAUAGAAUUGGAAUUCAGGUGUCAUCUGGAUUCAGAAUGUUCGUGGCUUGAGUACAGGGUUUCUCCUCAGUAUACUUAGUGACUGCAAAUGUACCCACUCUGUGUGCUGACAAAUUGCACUGGUUUUGUAAUGGGAUGUGGGGUGGCAGAGUCAGCCUGGUACCAGGUCUUGCAUAGUCAGCCAUGCUUCUCUCUUGUGCUGAUUGAUCCAGGAUAAGUGCUGCAAGGGUGCUGCUGUCUCGCUUCUGGAGAUAGCUAGGAUUAAUCCAGGGUUCUCUGAUCCUGUACCACUAUUUACUGCUGUCAAUUCUUCCUGUACAGCAAAGACACAGACCUCUGGAGUAAACAGUUAAGGGAGAAUGACAAGAGCCCAGCCAUGGCUUCUUAGGUACUGGUGUAAUGCUCUUCUGCUUUCCAGUAGAGAGCCAGGGAGGAGCUCUUUAUCUGUGCAACUUGAAAGGCUUCAUGCACCCAGUUCUGAUUUGGCUGAAUUGAGACCAGUGACUGGUGUUCGUCUUAGCCCACUGGCUCAUAAACGAACAAUAGUUGCUUCUGCAAAAGAUGAAGAUUCUACCAUUUCCCUUCCAAAGCUUCCUACCAAUGAUGCAGAGGUUAGAAAAGUCAGCAGUGCUCGGAAACGAACAAUAGUUGCUUCUGCAAAAGAUGAAGAUUCUUCCAUUUUCCUUCCAAGGCUUCCUACCAACGAUGCAGCGGUUAGAAAAGUCAACAGUGCUCAGAACCCAAUGCUGCUUACUACUGCAAAAGAUGGAUAUUCUUCCAUUUUCCUUCCGAAGCCUCCUGCCGACAAUGCAGGGGUUAGAAAAGUCAGCAGUGCUCAGGCGUGCUUAUUUAGAAAAACUUCCAAGGGAUAUUUCCAUGCUGCUAAAAUGGUUCCUCUUGAUCAGAAUGAAGAGAAGCCUGAUUCUGAAGAACCAGCUAUGAUGAGUAAUCUUUGCAGAAGUAAUACUAACUGCUUAGCAGAACGAAGGUCAUAUGCACCAUCUAAUGAUGUAGGUAGACAAUUAAAUUGUAAAAAACAUAUCAGCAGAUUGGAGAGAGAAGACUUCCUAAAAUGGACAGAAGGAAAAUCUUUAUUUCAACUGAGAGGAGAAAGAAGUGUCAACAGUGAUGGCAGUUUUGCUGAUGAAGAGCAACAGCUUCCCUGUGACCAGAUGAAAAAGCCUGGCACAAGUUCAUCAAGGCCAACAAGUACAGGCUUGAAGAGAAGAGUGGCAGGCUUAGAGGAUGAAACAAGAUUAAAUGAAUCAGAAGAGGAAGAAAACUUUUGGUGUAGAAAGAUUUUACCAAUUCUGCGUGAACUGGAAAAAGAUGAAAGUGGAUGGAAAAAAUCUCAGUGUUUGCAAGCUUGCAUUGGCAGGAAUGAGAAAAAUGAUUACAUAAUUCAAAAGGAUAGAUUAUUGGAUUGUUUGUUGGAGGUCCUGAGAACUGAAGAUCUACACAAAAACAAUGCAGCCCUCCUGUAUUGCAUGGGAGCUAUAAAAUUCCUGUCUGGAAAUGCAGUGCUCCUUAAUGAAAUGGUCAGCAAAGGAGGUGUUGAAAAGUUGCUGCAAUUAAUGAAGCAGAUUAAUAACAUAAAAGAAAAUGACACGUAUUUCUCCAACUCAGGCCACCUAUUAGUCCAGCUGACAGCUACUUUGCGAAACUUGGCUGACUUACCCCUGGCAAGAAGCCAGCUCAUUUGCAGUGGUGCAGUCUCCGAGCUCUCUGUGGCGCUACAGCAGCGCAUGAGUGAUAAGGAUGUAUGCACCUAUAUUGUCAGGAUAUUCAGCAAACUUUCUUCCUACGAUGACUUCUGUGCAGCUUUAGCAGACUGCUCCAGAUGUUACAUCUUAUUUUUAGCCCUACUAAACAAACACCAGAAGCGGCAGGAUUUGGUUAUCCGUAUCAUCUUCAUUCUUGGUAAUUUAACAGCAAAGAAUAACCAGGCCCGUGAGCAAUUCUUUAAAGAAAAAGGAAGUGUUAACACCUUGAUAUCAUUAUUCCAAACCUACUAUGAACGUGACUUGAAUACACAGAAAUGCUACCAUGAAAGAGCAGAGAAAGGAAAAAACCACCCUAAGCGUCCUUCAGAAGCAGAAGAUGUUCUGAUAAAACUGAUAAGAGUGCUGGCCAAUCUCUCCAUUCAUCCCAGCGUAGGAGCAGCUCUGGCAGCUGCCCAUCGUGUUGUGGAUUUACUUGUUACAGUACUAGAAUACAAGUCAGUUGAUGACUGUGAGGAGUUGGUCGUCAAUACUAUGAUAACAAUCAACAAUUUAUCUUACUACAAAGUGAAGGAUUCUGCUGUUCAAGACAAGAAGCUAUACAUUGCUGAAAUGCUUUUGAAGCCGUUGAUGAGCAACAAUAUGGAUGGAAUAGUGGAGGCUGUCAGAGUCUUUGGCAAUCUUUCCCAGGAUCAUGAGAUCUGUGACUUCAUCGUAGAAAAAAAGAUCUACAAGUUCAUGAUUACUUUACUUGAUGCCAAGAACCAAGAUGUCUGUUUUUCUGCCUGUGGAGUUUUGCUCAAUCUCACAGUAGAUAAGAACAAUCGAGCUUUUCUGAUGGAAGAAGGAGGAAUUGGAAAACUAGUUGACUGCUUACAAGACUUCGGGCCAGCGGACUGGCAGCUGGCUUGUUUGAUAUGCAAGACCCUGUGGAACUACAGUGAAAACAUCACAAGUGCGGCCUCAUGCUUUGGAGAAGAUACGGACACGUUGCUGAUGCUACUAACAUCACUCUUAGAUGAAGAGCUAGUGUUGGAUUACAGCCUUGAAGGAGACGUAAGGGACUACAAACUAUAUUGGGAAAGAGAAUUCAAACCUGUGGCAGAAAAACUUCUUGGUAGAAUUAAAAGCCAUCACUUGGCUCUUCCAGCUGUGACUGUUGAUCCAUUUUAAUUAGUAAAUAUUUUUUUUGUGGUGUAGGUUGUACAGAUUUGUAUUUCCAGCAUCCCCCUACGUUGCCAUUGGUAAGCAUGUUGAAAGGCAAGGCAAUUUAAUUUUUAAGAAGUUGGUCAAGUCUGGCAUUUAUACACCUGGUGCUGUCUUUAGGAGAAGCUUGCACAUGUAAUUACUUUUUACAAUAUAUUGGAGCUGAUCAAGCAGAUGUUCAGUGUGAUUUGUCUGUUACUUCUGUAUUUUCUUACCUGGGAAAACAAAACAAAACUAUUUGCUGACCUUUUGAUUUUUAAAAGGUGAAUUACCACCGACCCACACCUCUCUGGUAUCAAAAAUGCUGCGCACUGUAAAAUUUACAUGACAAGAGCCACCUACAGACUGACACACUUCUACUUCACAUGAAAUUCUGUGCUGGAGUUGAGGGGAAGAUAAAUGGCUUCAGUGCCUCAUUUGUUUCUUGGAAAAAAGAAUGGAUUUGUUUUCUGGAGGCAUUAAAGAAAGGCUGACGUGUAAGUAAGUACUCCCCUGGGGGGUGGGAGCUGGAGGCGUUUGUUCUUGGCAUUCGCAUCAAGGCAAAAGGCAGGCAAACACCCCGCUGUGCAGUGCAGGGUGGGGAUGUGGUGGAAAAGGCCUCGUGGCCAAGUCCUGUCAGCGGGUCUCAUUGGAACUGACAAGCGCCAAGUAGCAGUAGAGGCAGCCUGGAAUGGAUGUCGAGUCGAGGUGGACAUGUAGGCAAUGAGGAUUUGUUCAGAGAAAAUGCUGGUUAUGAGUCAUGUCAGUCAUUACUGAUCAAACUGUAAAUGAGGGCCUGGAGUGCUGCAUGGAGCACAGGGCAGAUUUGGGUGUCUACAAUGCUUUCAUUUGGGUACAAAGCCAGGGCGGCCUGAACUUUGGCCUCAUGGUCACAGUCUGGCCGGCAGCUGCUGCAGGAGGCAGCGGAUUCAGAGGUGCUGGGGUGGAGUGGAGAAUUCGGAGCACCUAACAAACAGCAAAACCCAGCAGUGGCUCCCGUGGAGCUGCAUGGACCCCUGGCUGAAGAAAAGUUCAGCAAGAAAGAGCCCCAAAAUGCUGGAUUUCUGAUAUGUUCUUAUGGCUUCUACCAUUGGGGUGUCUUUGCCCCAAACCUUGCCGCAGCAGCUCUCUUCUGACUCCAGGAGCCCAUUCCUGCCUAGCAACCGAGCACUUGGUCCCUGCCAUGCUGCUCUGUUUUUACCUCUGUGUGUGUGUACACACAGUUCUGAACUAACCCACAAAGAGGAUGGGAAGGGGGCUGCUAAUUGCUGCUCAUGGGGCAGACAGCUCUGCCAGGCUCUUCUGAGCACAAAUGCAUAAGGAAAUCCUUUUGUGGGUUGUUUUUAGUGCCUCACCUGGCCCCACACAGCAGCCAGCCAUGUAGUUCCCUUCACUCAUGCUGGUACACGCCCUUUCCUGCCAUGCGUUCCUUUUGGCUGGGAUCUCCUGCCCACACGGUCUUUUGGGGUGAGCUGGCAAUGCUACCAGUGCCCACAACAUAAGAGGUGUAGGAGCCGCGGCUGCUGCACAUGCAGGAGCUGCUGCAGUUUGCAGCCAAAGGCCCAGGCUCUGCAGGAGCAACUCAGGAGCCCCCAGAGCUAACAGCCUGCAGCAACGGAGGGCAGCGCAGCCCUGCCAGGGAGGGAGGCAGUGCUAUGCCUUGUUCCUUGUGUCCUGGUACCAUGCACAGCUUCUGCUCUGUGCAGCCACUGCACUUUCUCUUUCCAAAACCAAUUUCUCUUUUUUUAGAUCUUCAGUAAAACUAUUGUAGGAACACCUCGCAGACUCCUGAUGUUGUCAUCGUUCCUGCAGUCUUCCAUUCUCUCUUCAGGAUUACUCUGUCCUAUGAGGUUUUUUUUUUCUCUUUCCGCACAGGUAAGGGGGUGGGAUAUGAUUGGGGAACAAUUCUCUUGUUUUUGAAGACCAACCCUACUAUUGUCUUUGGUUGCCACUCUGCCUAACAGCCUUGCUUGUUCUCUUCUAGUUCAGGCCCGCAAACACCUCAGCAUUUUUAAUGGAAAAAUCCCCAACCGUUUUCAGGCCUUUUCUCCAAAGUGAGUUGGUUUCUGUGAGGUCAGGAGUGUCUGCGUGCUGUGGUUCGUGCUUCCGUUGAAAAUACAAGAGUGUUUGAUAUUGCAGUGUUUGCUGCCUGAAAAGGGAGACAGUGCCUGCAGGUACCCGCUUCUGCCUGGGCAGCCCGGGGAUGGAAAUGGCCAGUUUGGGCCUCUCAGGAAAUACCACAUCUACCUCUAAGCCUCCGUAAAAGCAGGAGGAGAACCACGUGCUGCAGAAACUCCAUUUACACACUGGAAAGACACCACCUUCUGCAUCGUUGGGCACAGCUUACCGUUCUGAUAUGCCCUGAGACAGGAAAGCUUUGCUCUGGUUUUGGCACAUUAAAAAUCCUGUAUUUUUAGUUAGGAGGAAACAGCAGAUGCUUCCUGUUAGUCAUAAUUUUUGACAGUUUAUUAAUCUUUCUCCCCUAGAUCUUUUCAGAUACUUCAGCUUCUUGGGCUGUGGGCUCAAAAGUGUUCUCAGGAUGUUCUGUAGUAACAGAAACCAGCCUGAGCAAACUGAGGAGCGGGCCAGGGGAUAGAAAGCUUAAUUUAAUUCUACCAGUGCGCUUGGGAAAAUCCAUUUCUUUCCUGCCUUACAAAUAAAGCUCCUACCUUCCUGUAAGCAGGAACAACGUUCAUUACUGGAGAACUGUAAAAUCAAUUUAACUUGCAAAAUGACAUUUAGAUCUUGUUAUUGAAAAGAAGUGAUUAUAUAAACACAGAGGUGGAAUCUUCCCAAUAAUAUCGCACCUACUACCUGUGAGGAAAGAGAAAAAUCCCACAGGACUGAGUAUUCCUGAAGAAAGGAUAGAAGACUGCAGGAAGCAUGAAAACAUAAGGAAUCUGCAAGGCGUUCCUACAAUAAUUUUAGUGAAGAUCUAAAUGUAUUUAAUCUCUUUUUCUUAAACUUUGUUUUCUCCCAUCAUUUUAGAGUCAGCUGAAAAAGCCAUGGCUUGU